AUGAUAGUAUUGAAUCUUUACCAUUCUGCUAUACUUUUGGUUGGAGUUAUAGUAAUUAGCUCAAAGAUCUCAGGUAAGAAUGUUCAUUAAUUUGAAUGACGAAGCACACCGCAUAUCAUUGUUAAGUCGUAACAUUCCAAUUAGGUCUUUUCUUAUUCACGGUCGCAUGGAUAAACCUUCGUAAUUGUUUCCACCGUGAAGUUAGGAAAGUCCUUGCUGCAAGAGGAGAGGGAAUAAGAAAAGGACAGAGUUUAAAAUUGGUUUUUUUCAUGAUAAUUAUAACUAUACUAUAUUAUUAAAUCUGUUUUUACGAAGGUUAAAAUCCACGCUAUUUACAUGUGUUCGACGUUUUAUCAUCACUUGAUCAUUUUUUUUUUGGUCGCGAACACGUUUUAACUUGCUCUAUUUUUCUUUUUUUUUUUUUUGACUGAUAUGAAGAUGGUAGAGCACGCAAUUUCCCAAGGAGUUUAUUUUUCAUAGAUUAAAAAUGAAUUCUGGAUUUGGGUUAAAUGGUAUCCUCUUUGCGCCUAACUGAAUUAAGUUUACUUGGACGACCACAGUAGUAAAUUAACGAUAGCACUAUUUGCUAAGAAUAAAUUAGGUUCCUCGAGAUAUUACUUUUUUUGUUAUGAACUAGGAUGAAGUGAAAAUCUGUGAAGUAUUUGAAGUGUCGCAAUUUUGCCUCAAUCGCUCCAACUGAAGAAUACUGUUCCCUAUUAAGAUUUGGGUCUUUUGAUAAUUGUAUUAUACUGACUGUUUAACUCGUCGUGUGAUUUAGCCGAUCGGUGCGAUUAAAAGCUAUUUCUUCUCGCCUUUUUCAGACGUCACACUUUAAAAGAACUUUCUCUUGUAACAUAUCUGGUUUGUGUCCAUUUAUAUGGGACCAUAGGGGAACUCGAACUUAACCGGAAAAUUUAAAUUUCAAGCAAAGGUUGCUUGAAGCGUGAGGUAGAAUGUAAUGGAAAAUAUUUAUUUGGGCAGUCUCCGAUAGAAUAUCAGGAUUUCUCUUGUUUAGUAUUGAUGCAAAAUUCCAUCAAAUUGCUUUUGCCAUUCUGUGUUCUCACACAUCUGAAAUCAUUUUCUCGCCUGAUCUAGUCUUACUUUGUUGGAUACCUUGAUUGGGGUAAAACCCAACAUUUAACUGAUGUGUCUCUUACAUUCUUUUUAUCCAUCUUGGCGCGUGGUUUGCGUGAUUGAAAGAACUUAAUACAUCUUGCAACAGGUCUUUCUGACUAUUAUCAUCGCUGGCUCGGACCCGCAAACCAACAGGUGUAACUGUGUCGAAUUAAACAAUAGAAUAUAUUUCAGUGUUGCUUGUGCAGGUUUAUAUGUCACGAUAGCUGCUUUGAUUAACAAGGUAAUUCCCCUCUCUACGGGAUUGAUGGCAUUUCAAUGAAUGCUCCGUGACAGGCAACAGAAUGAGCGGAUCAUAACGAAAAUAAGUGAAAAGGAAUGAUUUGCAAACACUUUCGUUUCUUAUUUACUUUGAGCUAAAUUGUUCCACUAGGUACCUCUCAGUCACCAUCAGGUAUCAUUGUUGAAGCAGUACAGGGUUUGGAUUUUGUCAUAAUAUCAUGGAAAUAUCAAGAAAGCGCUAAGUAUUACAGAAUCUUCUUCAAAGAAUUUAAUUCAAUGCAGGGAAACUCAAACAGUCCACUACACGAGGUCGGUCCAAUGCUAGUCUACUGUUUAGCGGAUAACACUACAUGUAGUUAUUGUGUGUCAAACAGUGACAGGGAUGUCUCGUGUAACAAAUUUAACACAAAUUAUGGGGCACCUUUGCUUGAGAGCAAACUGGAAUACGAGGAGCCCGUGAGCAUAAAAGUUGAAGCUUGCACUGAUGUGUACCCUGACUCAUGCCAGAGUCAUAAUGAGUGGAUCAAUUAUACAAUUCCAGCUGGAGGUAAGUGGGUUAAAUUUGAUCUGUCACCUUUACGACAUCUCUAGUUUUACCUGCAAACUGUCUUACGAAUAUCACUUAAAAAGGUUAAAUAGCUACCUCAUCUUCACCAUAAAUCAGCACAUUAUUGUUAACUUCAGUUUUUAAGAUAAGAAAUUCUAUUUGAAAUUCCUCCGAGCCGUUCUACGCAGUUUUAAGGGUAUCGUUAUCAUAAUCUGUUUUGAUAUGAUGAAGAGAGAUUUGGCAAUCCGAGCUUACUGGCACCCCUCAAAAACAACAAAACUAACCCUCAAUUGAAAUAAUGAAAUGUUAAACGAACUGUUUCUUCUUAGUUUCGAGUUAACAUGCAUUUGCAUUCGCUCUAUAUGAGGACGACGACGAUGAUGAUGUAGGCCAACGCAACAUAGGAAACCUUAAUUCUUCUUCCUUUUCUUGACCUUCCUUGUCAGACUGACUAAACACCUUUUAUUCCCCUAAGCACCUAGUGCAGUGAGGGAUGUACACGCAAGGCCAUUAUCAUCCAAAACGGUCGAAGUCACGUGGUCUCCCCCUAAUCAAACAAGAGGAACCAUUGUAAUGUACACUAUAUUGUACAAAACUGAUCACGUAAGUUGAACUCUGUUUUUUUCACUAGCUUAUUCAGUGAAAAAUAAGAUCGUAGAAAGCAGGCAUUUUAUCAAAAAAAUCAUGUGUAAGGCGAAUGAACACUUGAAAGGAUUCCCUUUACUGUCUCCACAUUACAGGCAUCACUUUGACUAACGUAUAUUGAGAUACAGGUUCCCUUUCGUUCUUAACAAUUGUAUGUAGCCGGUGGGAGCAAAGGAAGACAUUCAGUACAGGGACAGUUGAUAUUAAAUUUUCCUGCAGUUUUGUCCCAGCGUGCGUUUAUCAUUCAAAACUGACUUCUUUUGCUCUGCUCUAGGUCCGUUUACAGUAUUUUCUCCCCUACUGUGCACGCUUGAAUCACCGAAACUAAUGUUGCUUCUUGUAAGCUAGUGUUUUCACGAAACUUUCCAGUUGAGUACUGGAGACAACGUCACUUUUUUAAUGCAAGUUAGGGGGACAUCGUAUAGCCGAAUAGCUUAGUAACAGCCUCAAGCCAAAAUUAACAGGGAGACCAAGCUACUGCUAGCCGAGUGCAACUUUUGAUUCACAUUAUCUGAAAUGGUAGCAUGAGGAUAGCUACUGUAAUUUUGGAGCACUACCUUGUAUUUAUUUCUGUAAGAGACAUGCUCAGGCGUGCAUGCAGUGGCGCAGAUGGCACAAAUGACGAAAUUAGCAAAUUUCUCCAGAGUUCGAUAUAAUCAUUAAAUAAAGCAAACAUUUUUGUUGUCUCCAAUUCAGGUCAUAUGUGUUUUUAAAGUUUAAGUUUAUUCAGUUUCAAAUGAAGAGGUGGAUGUUACAUAUUUUGGUAUAGGGUAUGAAAAUGGGCGAAGAAUUCAGACGUGUAUCAAGAGCAAUUAUCACGGGCUUGAGUGCAAAAACGACUUACAGUGUUUGGAUGACAGCCUCUACGGCCAGGAAAGAAGGCGCAAAAUCCAAUAUCAUCACUGUUCAAACAUGUAAGAAAAUACUGAAAUCUUCCACCUGUUUAUAUAUUUGUUCAUCUGAGUCUGAAAUCCCUCUCCGUGAAGCUUGGACAGGAAACCCAAAAAUGCCUGACGGAACGUCUGUUCACGACUUUCGUGUAAGCUCAUUCGCUUAAGCUGAUGGCGUGCUGUCCUAAGAAAAUUUUGAAUUGUUGCUGUGAUUAGUUUUUAAUAGAUUACGAACUACGCAAGACUAGUUUACCUUUAUGUAAUAUCAAGGCGUUGUUAUGGACGAGGAGUGGAUAGUGUUGUUUUAUUUCUUGCACCUAUUUUCCUUUAGAUGAAGACGAAUGUGUGUCUAAUCCUUGUCAGCAUCAUGGAAAAUGUCACGUGGAUGGCAUGUCCUAUUUGUGUAAUUGUUCAAGAGCCUGGGAAGGAGCAAACUGUGAAAGUAAGUGAAAAGUACUUAGAUUUUAUGAUCAGUUGCAAGUGGUGAUUUUUGACAUAAAGGUGACUCAGUCUUCAACUCCCAGCACCUACCUCAGUUCAAAAGAGAACUUGACUAAAAUCUGCUUUUCAGUGUAAUAUUUCUACCCUUACCCAUAUCAAAGGUGUUAUAAACCCCAUCAAACUGACGUCGUUUUACUGCAGGUGAGAGACAAAAAAUGCCUCUUUGACUUAAACUUAACCAAGAAUUCGUUAAUAUUGACAAAGCGAUGGAGCCCCGGCAGGUAAAAAAUAAGAGGACACAAAAAGGCUUACUUAAUUCUACCAAAAGUCUGUAAGGUCUACUCCUGUGUUAUUAUUAAAACUGCAGUCUUUAUUUGUUUCCUGUCCUCAAAAAUUGUUGUCUUAUUUCAAAUGUGAUUAGUGUUCGGUAUUUUGAAGACCAUUUCAGAGACAGGUCUCUCGUAUCCUUGACUUUUGAGGACAAAGUUUUUGGUUUGCAUUUAUUCACAUUUUACGUAUUAUUCAUGAUAUGUAUAUAUUUUUUUGCAGUUCCUGAAAGUUUUGCUAUGCAGAAAAACCUCUGUAUCGACACAGGAGGAGGAAACAAGCUUCCUUUUCAAACAAAUGUUUCCUUGGAGUUUUGCUCCGGAAAGUGUAGAGAGAAUUUAAGGUAAGGGGAAUGUGCAAAUACACCCACACACACCCACACAAACACCUAUUAAAGGGAGUCCUCUGAAGGUAGCCUAAGAACAUUUGCUUUUGAGAACGUAUAACGCUGGCAAUGAAAAACACCUAUGUGUUUGUGUAUCACCGAACAUAUUGUACGUAAGUUGUUUCACUUAUCCCAAAUAGCUUUAGUGUAUGAAUUUUAAAGAAGGAGAGUUGAAACUCAUCAAACCCAAAGGCGACCUGAAGUUUGAUUAAAUAGUUUGAACUAAUCGAGUCCAGAAAGCAUCUGGAAUAAAGAAAAGUUUCCAUUUCAAAAAACUAUACCAUUCCAACUACUUGCGUGAAGAUCAGAAACUCCUCUGUAAUUUUCUUUCUCACGAGAUGUACCUUUCUUGUGUUCAAUCAGCUGUAAAUCGUUUGAAUAUGGACUGGGAUAUGAAAAUAAUGGAACAUUCGUUAAAUCUCUUCGUCGACAUGGUCUUGGAAUAUGCAAAAUGCAAGGAGUGGACGCGACAGAGAGAGUCCCUAUCGCUUGUAACUAUGACUACUAUGAGAAGAGAACUCCUGUGUCAGCAGGUUCAAUAUCUUCUUUGCCAUAUAAGGCGCUUAUAAGAACUUUAGCGUUAAUGUUUCUUCUCCAGAAAUAG